GACGGAUGAAUGCCCUGGUGUUGUAAGCUCUGAAAAGCGAACUAUGAAAACUGAUGACGGGCGAGAUGUUAAAAACAGUACUUUAUUGUCAGAAAAGAUGGUGUCUGUUAUUGAAGCCCCAGACUUUUAGGCUAGCUUCCAUAUUGACACGAGUGGCGAAGCAGAAGGGUCCAGUAUGCCCAAUUACAUAGUCAAUUUAGAUAUAUACAACACAACCACUGAUAUGGACGCUUCAUCCACACUACCGAUUCAUGGUCAAGUUCCUGGUAUCGGUGAAUCAUCUGCUUCACUUCAGCCUCCUGUCAUGAAUUCACCCGUCAUUAUGAACGACAACGUUGGUUUGAUGUGUGGUAUCAAUUCUACAGGGCGAGGACAGAAGUUUUUCACACCAACUAUGCGUUCAAAAACACGUGGUCGUGGACGAUUUUCUUCUGUUCCAUUGGAUGAUGUAAUGGAAAAGAAAAUAAGGACAUAUGAAGGAAAGGAUUGUGUACAAGAGCUAGGAAUGUUGUUAAAAUUGUUCCCUCGCUUUAAGAGGGCCUACAUUAAUCGAGUUUUUACGAGGAAUAUGCUUAGUUAUGAAAAGAGUUAUGAACAGUUAAAAGAAGAUGAUCGAGAGCGUGAAAGAUGCUCAAAGGUCCGCCUUAUUCAGACACCAAAGACUGAGUCUAAACGAUCAACAGAUUCGAAAACUCACAGUCGUCCGGAAUUACCCCUUCACUCACAGGCUUUCUUAUGUAUGGGACUGCCUUUGGGUCGUUGCCUUCCACAUGUUGCCAACUCACUAUAUCGUCGAGUUAUUGUUACCCCUGACGGAACCGUUGAAUCUGCCGAUGAACAUGAGCAGAAGUUUUUGGACUCUACGGGUUUGUCAAGUUCUGCACUGGAAACACCAUUUUCACACUGUGAACCACCGCGUCCGAAACCAUCAUUGUUCACUGGGCUGAAAAUAUCAACUGUGUCAACUAUCUUCCCUCCGAUUCACCAACUAGCUGAAUUCAAACAGUCUCUACCCAGACCAUCAGAAGAACACAUGACAACAUCGGUAAACAGUGCUGAUACGUUGAGUCCCGAAGGGAUGACUAUACAAGGAUCCGGGAACAAAUUCUUUCGUACAGAUCAUGUUAGUGAAGCACAAAAAAAGAAACGUGGAUAUAUUAAUCGUGAGAUGCGAACUGCACCUGUUAAUCGAUUUAUCAUUACUGCAUCAGCAGUGAGAUGUGAUUUGGAUGGUGAUGAUUCUAGUAAGAUACCAGGAGAUGAUGUCAAAUAUUUAGCUAAAGUUGGUAUUGUAAGUAAUUCAGUUAGCCGUAAACAACCUACACGUCGUGGGAAAUCAACUCGUCAAAAAUUAACAACAGAAGUUCAGGGCGCCAAUAACGAAACAAGCACUUCACCUGCUGUUGAGGUUAUCACGGAAGACGAUGGUCUUGAUCUAACUAAUGAAGAACGACGUCACCUUUUAUCAUUUUUUAACGAUGCCGUAUUGGAAGAACUCACUUUGAUCCCAUCCGUCCUAGCCAGUUGA